GACAACAGCGCGAUGCAGUGUAGUACACCUCCAUGACUUAUCCUGGGAUAUUCAUAUCUCUCCAGCUCGCUCUGCAUAUCAUAUUAUCCUGUAUCCUGAGUUUCACUGUCGCCCAGAACCCAGUCGAUACAUAUGCUCCGACAGUCAAUGUGAAUUGUCCAGAUACACCCAACUCGCUCGUGCGGACCUUCACAUCACAGACUCAGAUUCUGAACGCAUCAGAAACGGAUUAUAUUGCGUCCAGGGAGUCCUAUAUAAUCUCAAACGCGUGGUCUAACUGGCUUGGCAACGCGUCAGAUAUUGGAUACGACUUCGAAAGUUUGGAAGGAAAAUUUCCCAGAAUUGGCAUCGCCGUCGGAGGCGAGGGAUACCGCACGGCACAAUAUGGCGCAGCAGUAUUGUCAGGGUUGGAUUGGAGAAACACCACCGCCAGAGAGGUGGGGACCGGAGGACUGCUGCAAGUCGCGUCUUACCUCUCGGCUUCGUCUGGUGGUUCAUGGCUACUCGGAUCACUUCUGAUGAACGAUUGGCCCUCAAUCAAUGAACUAGUUUAUGGGAAUGGAGAAAAUCUUUCGUCAUGGAUGGUAGACAUUGACUUGAUUGUGCCAUCGUCGCCAUCAGUCAGCGAUGGAAAUAACCAAGAGUAUUGGGGCAGUAUCCUGGCGAGUGUCGAAUCAAAGGCAAAUAAUGGACUUCCUACCAGUGCAACUGACUUAUGGGGUCGGAUGAUUUCAUAUCACUUCUUGAACGAAACUACGCGAGGAAACUUCUACACCAAUCAGACUGGCCACGGCGCUGGUCAACUAUGGUCCCAAAUGUCUCUCCUACCGAAUUUUCAAAAUUACACAAUGCCGUUCCCGAUAGUAGCCACUGACUCACGCAAAGCGGGCUCAGGGAUAACCACGAAUGUCCCCCUGAAUUCAACUGUUUAUGAGAUUACACCUUUUGAGUUCGGGUCGUGGGAUCCCAGUCUUUCAGCCAUGCUACAGCUGAAAUUUGCUGGGACUUAUUUGACAAACGGUCUUCCGGCGAACCCAUCAGCUUGCGUUGCUGGUUUCGAUCAGGCGAGCUUUGUUAUGGGUACAAGUUCCAGUUUCUUCAAUGCGGUCUUAAAUGUUACCGACGGCAACUUUGGGUUUGAUACCUCUGAUGGAGAUGAACAAGGCAUGAACUUUAUUUUCAAUCAGUUGUUAUCGCAUAUGCCUUCCAAUGCCAUGAAUGCAGCCAAUUGGCCUAACCCAUUCAAAGGUGUCAAUCCUGGGACUUUUCAAGACUCAUCUGCAGACCAGCUCGAACUUCUUGACGGAGGUUCAAACUACGAGAAAGUUCCCCUUAGCAGCCUACUUGUUAAGGCUAGGGGACUGGAUGUAGUAGUCGUCGUUGACGGUAGUGCGGAUGAUCAAAACUAUUGGCCAAAUGGUACAUCACUGCUAACUACCUUCGAGCGGAUAUCAUCAGUGCUCUCGUCUUCGCAUCAACCGAUGCCACCCAUACCUGGAACUGCUGCCCAGUUUGUUUCCACAGGCGUCAAUAUGCGCCCAACGUUUUUUGGCUGUAAUCUCACUCAAGGUCAACCAGAUUACCCCAUCAUCAUAUAUCUCCCUAAUGCGCCUCCGUUGUCUGGAAUCGCGCCAGCCACGAACACUGAUGAUACACAAUUUUCCUACACAUCCAAGUUCACGGCCGUGUUCAUAAAUCAAGCGUUCGGGAAUGCCUUGGGUGGCUUCGAACCAAACGCAACUUCUCCGGAUCCGUAUUGGGGGCGAUGCUUGCAAUGCGCGGCAAUUGAUCGCGCAGUCACUCCACGAUCAGAUAUCUGUUCGCAAUGCUUUGCGCGGUAUUGCUACGAUCCAAACAAUCUUCCAAGCCGAUCAGAACUCCCAGACAGACAACUUGUAUUCGUGAACCCUGAUCCUAGCGGUCUGCAGAAAGUUGAACAAUGGUUAGAAGGCGACAAGAGUUUAUUGGCAGGAUUCAUUGUUGCCAUCAUAGUGGGUAUUGCAGGGAUUGUCGGUUUCAUUUUCUGGUGGCGGAGGAGGAGAGCACGCAUGUCUAGGUAUUCUCGUGUCGACGAGCUCCGAGAGGAUGACGAACCUUGGAAGUACUAUGAUGGUAACUCGUUGGAAUUGACGCGUCGAAUGUCGAUAACAUGAUACUCUGAGGUUAUCACACCUGUAUCACAUAUACUAUGCUUCAUGUUGUAGGCUACUACUGGACACUGGUACUGUUGUCAUUAUAUACCCCGGAGUCGCACUAAUAACACGUUAAUUAACAUGCUCGAUGCGGC